AUCACUGCUAUACCCCAUACCAAUGCACUGAUCACUGCUAUACCCCAUACCAAUGCACUGAUCACUGCUAUAUGCCAUACCAGCACCCUGAUAACUGCAUACACCAUAUCAGUGCCCAGAUCAUCACCAUGCCCCAUAACAGCGUCCUGAUCACUCUAUAUGCCAUACCAGCACUCUGAUCACUGCCAUACCAGCAUCCUGAUCAGCACCAAACUCUAUUCCAGUGUUCUGAUCACCACCAUGCCCCAUACCAGCAUCCGGAUCAGCACCAUAUUCUAUUGCAGCGUUCUGAUCACCGCCAUACCCCAUACCAGCACCCUGAUCACUGCCAUACCCCAUACCAGCAUCCUGAUCACUGCCAUACACCACACCAGCGUUCUGAUCACCGCCAUACCCCAUACCAGCAUCCUGAUCACCGCCAUACACCAUACCAGCACUCUGAUCACUGCCAUACCCCAUACCAGCAUCCUGAUCACUGCCCAUACCCCAUACCAGCGUCCUGAUCACCACCAUACCCCAUACCAGCGUCCUGAUCACUGACAUACACCAUACCAGCGUCCUGAUCACCACCAUACCCCAU